UGUGCUGUGUCUAAUCUGCAUCCCUUUUCCGCAAAAGGGGUGCAGUCUAGACACAGCCUAACUCUGCUACCCCCUAAAGCUCAUAAUGUUUGGCUUCCCAAGCAUUCACAUGCCUUGCACUCACAUAGCAAGAGGCUGAAGACAAGAAACAGCAGCAAUUUCCUUUUACACUUCAUGGUAAUAACUCUGCUUCUCCAAACGUGGCUGCAUGUCACAAGAGUAGCAGUCAUGAGUCCAAUGCUAUUUCAGAUCUGAGUGAUGUUUAGCAUCCCUUGUAGUCAUGCCACCCAGAUAUUUGAAGUGCUCCUUGCAAUUCAAUGCCUCCUUGGAUUUGGGUAGGAACAUCUACAAAAAUGAAGAGCCAUUCAAUGCGAUCAAUGGUAGCUUGCCUGAAUAAGGACUUCAGGAUUUGAUCUUAUAGAAUUAAAUGCCUAGAGCCCAAUUCUACUCUCAUUCACAUCGUGUGACACUAAUGUAAUGCUGCUGAUUUCGGGGAAGACAUUCCUGAUUUGCUCUUGUGCAUGUGAAAUCGGAAUCAUGCACUCUGUGACUCUCAAAGCAUUACACUGGCUUACAGGGGGACCAAAACAGACCAAACUUCAGCUGACAAUUCAAAGCAGAGAUGGAAAGACACAAAAAGGGGUGGAGGGUAAAACCUGCUGUCUGUCCCUGCCCCUACAUCAGGGACUGAAGCACGGCUCUCAAACUGCACCUAUUUCAGCAGGUGAGAGUCAAAACAGAAAGAUUCAAAUCUCGAAGGUGUAAAUCAGGAGUAGCUGCAUUGACUUGAGUGAGCCUGCUGCUGAUCUCACUCUGAUUUUACACUCACACAAGGCACUGGCUUCAGUGAGUUACUCCCGUGAGAUCAGAGUCAGGCCCAAUGCAGUUGUGCUGGUGUGAGCAAAAAAGCAGGCCUUCUGUGUCUCACUGGAAACACACAGUAAAAUCCUCCACGUUGGCUUUAAAAACCAUCCCAAAUAUAUGACUCUCUGUUCAAAUAAGAGAGAUUGGGCAUGCCUGACAGAACCCUGGAGGCUAAAGCUUUUCCCUUUACAUCAUCUCCUAGAGCAAAGUAUGUUCUCUCCAGUAUUAAUAGACUUACUGAGAUGCGUCAAAAACCCCGGCAGAGACUCUGAACAGCACAGCCUGCCACAGAAAGAUUUACAGUCUCUCUGGCGUAUCAGUGGGGAACAGGACAGUAUGUGUGUGCACCCAUACAGACAAAGCAGGAGGAAGCAGGGACCCACCGGCUGGAGGAGGCAGAGCUGCAGUCAGGGCAGGAGAAGGGAGGGAGGAAAAGAGCGGAGCGCAGGAGGAAGCCAGAAAGAGAGAAGGGCAUCUAGAUACCACAGUGAUGGGGCAGCUACAGAUGAGAUAGAUAAAGGGGAAAGGGAGAGCAGAGAUCCUGAGUGAGUCACAGGAGAGCAGACAAACACAGAGAGGGAGCCUAGAGAGCACUCUGCCAUCCCAAAAAAGACCUACCUAGCUGGACUCUUCGCCAUGAGCACAAGGGAGACCUAUGUCCAGGAAGUGGGGCUAGGAGAUGGGGAGGAAAAGCAGAGUGAAGACACUCAAGAUCCGGAGAGAAAACAGGGAGAUGUGGAGCUGCAGGAUAAAGCCAUCCUGCAACAGAAGAGGCACCUGAAACAGGCCACCCAGUUCGUGCACAAGGAUUCUGCUGAUCUGCUGCCCCUGGAUGGCUUAAAGAGGCUGGGCACCUCCAAGGAUCUGCAGCCACACAGUGUGGUACAACGGCGCCUUUUGGAGGGGAAUCUGAACAAGCUGCGGGGUGAGAGCAGGGAGUAUACCACAUGGGUUCAAUCCCCACUGGUGAAGGACAAGGAUAACGGGGCAGAAAAGAAACAGAAUGACAGAAGAAAAGAGAUUGUGUCCCUGCUCAUACACUGCAAGUGCCAAGGUCAAGUAUUAAGAGCUUCUGUUAACACUGGCUGCCAGCAAAACCUCAUCUCCAUGAGCUGUCUGAAACGCCUGGGGCUGCAGGAAGUGUCCGAUGCUGACCAUGGGGAUCUCUUCCUUCCUGUCCUAAGUGUGGUUGGCCAGGUGGAGUGUGUGGAGGUGCAGCUUGGCCAGGAGACAGUAGUGUGCUCAGCGCUGAUUGUAGAGGAUGAAAUGCUGGAGUUCUGUUUCGGCCUCCAGACUCUGCUGUCUCUCAAGUGCUGCAUCGACUUGGAGGAAGGAGUCCUGCGGCUGAAAGCCCUGAAUGAAGAGCUGCCUUUCCUAAAUGCCUCUGAUGAGCAUGGGCAGUGAUGGGCUGGCUCCCCAUGUCCACAGGGAAGAGACUCUGCGUCCUACCAGAGAAACCUGCAGCUGGGGCUGACACACCUGAAUCUUGCUGAGUCCUGGUGCUGAUACUGGGGAUGGAGGAGAUAAACGGGAGCCAGGUGCUGUUCCACAGUUGUUGAUAGAAGCUGACCUCUUGUAUGGAGAGCUCUUCCUCCUUGCAAUGGACACUCCUGCUUGUCCCCACGUGCUGCGUGGAUAGUUGUUCUUUGUCCCUGUUCUCUCUGGUUCCUGCUUUUGCCCUUUUAGUGACUUCUUUUUACACUGCCAUGGAUUGAGAACAUAGAAAGUGUCACUGCAAGCAGUCUCCAGAGGUUCUGCCUGCUUUCUUCUAAAGCCUCUGAAGAUUAAAGUUUUCCUUCCCUUUUGGAUGCAGGUCUACCUGGACAAGAAUGAACUCUCUUCCCUUGAGGCCUGGGUAAAGCCCUAUGGCCAAUGGCCCCCUAUCCUCUGGAGAACUGGAUUUCAUUGCCCUGCACUGGCCCAGAGCAGACUAGAAGGAUUUUACUGGAAGUGGCUACAUUGCAGUCUCUGUAUUUUGAGAGUUUUCAUUCAAAGCAGGCAAACUUCUAGGAAAGGCUGAGCUGAAACACCCUGCAAGCAAUGGAGGCACCAGGGCCUGGCCAGGCCAGCCUUUGCUACCAGUCUGUAUUGUAUGAGCUCCAGUGCUAGUCUCUCUCCCUGAUAACCGUAGGAACUGUGCUGACACCCCCGCUGGCCAGGAGCGCUAGUCACCAGAUUAAUACACGCAUCAGUGCUGCUUCUUCACUGGGAGGGAUUCAACUGGGAUAUCACACAGCCUAUAUCUGCCAUCAGCUAUCCUCUUCUAGCCUGGACUCUGGCUAUUCAACAAAGAGACACCAUCUACUUCAAUCACUGCACUUUCACACCCCAUUGGAAAGGAAAGAACCUGACUCCUUCCCAGUAUCAGAUCAGAUUACAAACUCACCUGGAAUGGACAGAAAGUGGGAAAGGGGGAGGGAGGUCAUCCUUUCUCCUUCAUACAGGUGGGCCUGAUUUCAUUACCCUAAAAGCAUCGCAUCAAUAUCUCAAGGGACAGGCACACUAUAACCAUUGUGGGCAGCUGUCUCCAUUCUCAAAAGUAUGCAUUGGAUAAUUUUUGUUUCUAAUCUUUGACUAAAAUUUUCUAUUCUACAAUACGUGCCCAGUUACAUCUUUUCUCCUCAAUGACUAAUGAGAAUAACUGAUGCCAGCCUCCUUCAUAAUGUCCCUUUAUUCACUUGUAAAUGGUUCUAAUGUCUGCUCUUUGGCAUCUUUUUCCUGGAUCCAUCUGGGUUUGUUUUCUUUCUUUCUUUCUUUCUUUCUUUCUUUCUUUCUUUCUUUCUUUCUUUCU